UAAUUAACUAACUCAUAAGGAUGUAAUUUGAUUAAAAAUAUUUUAUAGUAUCAAACAGAGGAAUAUACAUCAACUCAUUAAUUUGAAGUCUUUUUAUAGGAUUAAACUUAUCUUUAGUUAACUCUUAAACUGCUUCCCAUGCAGGACUUAGAUAUAAUGUGGCUUAGAGACCCGUUUGAGAGGUUUUUCAAAGAUGUAGACUUCCAAAUUGCUUGUGAUCGCUUUAAUGGAAACUCUAUGGACACAACAAACGAGCCAAAUGGGGGGUUCUUGUAUGUAAGAUCUAAUCAUAAGACCAAAGAUUUCUACAAGUUGUGGAUUGAGUCAAGAAAAAUUGAUCCAAAACUAAAUGAACAAGACGUGCUUAACAAGAUCAAGACCCACUCCUUUGUGUCUAAAAGGAAGAUGAUAAUUAGGUUCCUUGACACAACUUAUUUUGGAGGGUUUUGUCAAGUAAGUAGGGAUUUCAACAAAGUUUGUACCAUGCAUGCCAAUUGUUGUGUUGGUUUGGACAACAAGAUCUUUGAUCUUAAGAUUUUGCUUCAAGAUUGGAGACACUACAUCACUUUGAAUCCAAAUCAGAAAUUACAUUCACACCCUUCUUGGAGGGUUCCAAACAGUUGCAGAGUGAUUGAAGCCUAUUUGUCAGAGUUUAUGAUCGUGGAAAGCCAAUUGCUGGUCAAAUUCAAAUUGAAAAUGAAGGAAUAUAGAAAAGCAAAUGUACAAGUUCUUAAGCCUAUUUACCAUUUUUGUUCAUGUUAAUUAUAUAUUCAAGUUCUUAAGACAAAAGUUGAAGCAACCUGUGAAUUUCAAUACUCAUAGUUGACAUUCAGUCCUAACAUUUUAAUUAUCUUUUAUACCUUUUUUUAAUCUUUAUUGUUGUAUAUUUAUGAUAGCUUCUUCUUUUUCUUUUUUAAUUUGAAAAAAAAAGCACAA